GGGAAGGGGCGAGGGACCUUUCUAAUACCACCCUUGGAGACACAUCCUCUCGAUCUUCGGAUUAACCUUGGGGAACCAGGGAUGGGAGGGACACUUUCAGUCCUCCUCUACUCCUAGAGAGGGAAGUGCGGGGAGCCAAGGGCGGAGCCGGGCGAACUCCUGGAUACCGCCCCCCUGGAGCACGCCCCGCCCCUGGCAGCACGUCCCGCCCCCUCCGCGGGACCCGACUGGGCUGCGCGCACUGCCCAGCCGGGGCCCGGGAGCCUCCAGGCGGAGAGGCUCCCACCCGCCCUGAGCCGCGACCUCCGCAUGGAGUGGCCGCUCGCUCUGUCAUCGGGGUCGGAGCCGCUCUCGCCGCCGGUGCUUGGAGGCGCAGACGCCGCUGUUCUGGAGCCCGGAGUCCGGCAGCACUCGGGACACGAGACAGCAGCGCAGCGGUACAGUGCCCGCCUGCUGCAGGCCGGCUACGAGCCCGAGAGAACUAUCUUCACUAGUCUUACUGGCAGGAGUAGAUGUCCAGAUGGGUGGCCUCUGCAGGGCCAGGUGAGGACACUGUCCCCUCCUCACCAUGCACUGAGGUCAGAAGAGGCUGCCCGGGCAGCUCAUCUCAAGCUCUCUCUGAAGACCCAGGUCCCCAUACUGGGCAGCAUGGCGGACUACCUAAUCAGCGGCGGCACCGGCUACGUGCCCGAGGAUGGGCUCACCGCGCAGCAGCUCUUCGCCAACGCCGACGGUCUCACCUACAACGACUUCCUGAUUCUCCCAGGAUUCAUAGACUUCAUAGCUGAUGAGGUGGACCUGACUUCAGCCCUGACUCGGAAGGUCACGCUGAAGACACCAUUGAUCUCCUCUCCCAUGGACACUGUGACAGAGGCCGACAUGGCCAUCGCGAUGGCUCUGAUGGGAGGUAUCGGUUUCAUUCACCACAACUGCACCCCAGAGUUCCAGGCCAAUGAGGUUCGGAAGGUCAAGAAGUUUGAACAGGGUUUCAUCACAGACCCUGUGGUGCUGAGCCCCUCGCACACGGUGGGCGAUGUGCUGGAGGCCAAGUUUCGCCAUGGUUUCUCUGGCAUCCCCAUCACUGAAACAGGCACAAUGGGCAGCAAGCUUGUGGGCAUUGUCACCUCUCGAGACAUCGACUUCCUUGCUGAGAAGGACCACACCACUCUCCUUCGUGAGGUGAUGACGCCGAGGAUUGAGCUGGUGGUGGCUCCAGCAGGUGUGACGUUGAAAGAGGCAAAUGAGAUCCUGCAGCGUAGCAAGAAAGGGAAGCUGCCUAUUGUUAAUGACCGUGAUGAGCUAGUGGCCAUAAUUGCCCGUACAGACCUGAAGAAGAACCGAGACUACCCUCUGGCCUCCAAGGAUUCCCACAAACAACUGUUGUGCGGGGCAGCCGUGGGCACCCGCGAGGAUGACAAGUACCGCCUGGACCUGCUCACUCAGGCUGGUGCCGAUGUCAUAGUGCUGGACUCAUCCCAAGGAAACUCAGUGUAUCAGAUAGCCAUGGUGCACUACAUCAAGCAGAAGUACCCCCACCUCCAGGUGAUUGGGGGGAAUGUGGUGACAGCAGCCCAGGCCAAGAACCUGAUUGAUGCGGGUGUGGACGGGCUGCGUGUGGGCAUGGGCUGCGGAUCCAUCUGCAUCACCCAAGAAGUGAUGGCCUGUGGCCGGCCCCAGGGUACUGCGGUGUACAAGGUGGCCGAAUAUGCUAGGCGCUUUGGUGUGCCCGUCAUAGCCGAUGGCGGCAUCCAGACCGUGGGGCACGUGGUCAAGGCCCUGGCCCUUGGAGCCUCCACAGUGAUGAUGGGCUCCCUGCUGGCUGCCACCACGGAGGCCCCUGGCGAGUACUUCUUCUCAGACGGGGUGAGGCUCAAGAAGUACCGGGGCAUGGGCUCACUGGACGCCAUGGAGAAGAGCAGUAGCAGCCAGAAGCGAUACUUCAGUGAGGGGGAUAAGGUGAAGAUUGCACAGGGCGUGUCAGGCUCCAUCCAGGACAAAGGCUCCAUUCAGAAGUUCGUGCCCUACCUCAUAGCGGGCAUCCAACAUGGCUGCCAGGACAUUGGGGCCCGCAGCUUGUCUGUCCUGCGGUCCAUGAUGUACUCAGGAGAGCUCAAGUUUGAGAAGCGGACCAUGUCGGCCCAGAUUGAGGGUGGCGUCCAUGGCCUGCACUCUUAUGAGAAGCGGCUGUACUGAGGACAGUGGCGGAGGCCGAGGUGGUGGAGCAGAUGCAGCCCUGGGUCCCCCUUUGGGCACAGCCUCCCUCCAUAACUGAGUGGUCCACAGAUUUGCACUACGGGUUCCCCAGUUCCUUUCCAGGGAGAGAGGAGGGGAGUCCUUGAGGGGUCUGCAGCCCCUCCCUGGGCAUCCCCUACAGAGUCAGGACUGCUCCCUGGGCCAGGCUGCCCUAGGAGUCCCUGGGUUCUCCCUUCCUCAGCCCCCUGAGCCCAGCCAGCCCGGGCUCUCCGGCCCUGCGCCUGCCUCAGGUCUUUCUUGCUGCAGCCUGCUCCGGCCUGGCUCCUGCCCUGGGGCAGGUGGCCCCUCCUGGCUUUUGUAGGGCACCUCCUCCCUAGCCCCACCCCAGGAAAUGGUGCUCUCCUGGCCCUGCCUCUGGCCCUUCCCAGGCUGCUGCCCCCUCAGCCAUGUGGCACUUCUGGGCUCCUGACCUAGACCAGGGGGAAGGUUUCUGCCCCCUUUCCCUGUCCCUGGGCUACCCUUGGGUCCUGCUCCUCAGGCCACUCCCCCGACCCUGGCCCCAGGAGGAGGCUGCCCUCAUAAUGGCCGCCUGCCCAUCAUUCCUGACUCACCACCAUCCCCAGGCGCACCAUUCCUGCCCUCUCCUCAGCUGCAGUUGAAGGCUUUAACUUUGCACACUUUGGGGUCACAGUUGCAUCAUUGUAUAUUAAAUCUGAAUAAAUCAAGCAGGUCUCAACACCUC